AUGGCUUCAACACCAGAGACUGAGGUCUUAUCAGAUGCUGCUUUUGAGCGAAGUCUUCACGAUUACCUGAAUCGGAUGAAUGUUUUCGCGCAAACAAAGUCAUGGUACCCAGACUUCAACAAACUUGAAAUCUUUAUUGAGAAAUUCUCCCUGACGCCCAAUGCCUCCGUCACGUAUCGCUUCAGAGUGAUUGAAGAGCUAUGCAACAAUGCCAAUGUCCUGCAUGGAGGAUGUGCAGUCUUACUCGUCGAUGAUCUGACAACCGUUCUCCUUGGAGCUCUUUCCAAGCCUGGUUUAUUUAGUCGAAUGGGCACAAGCAAGAAUCUGUCCGCAACACUGAUUAGACCAUUGCGUCAAGGCGAAGAGGCUAGACUUGUCUCUGAGAUAGAGUAUAGUGGAAAGAACCGUGCUGUUCUGAGGGCAAAGCUCUAUAGAGUGGAUGGUGGUGAGCUGUGUACCAUAUUGGAAAAUGACAGGGCCAAUACGGAUCCUCCAGUGAAGUCAAACCUCUAG